UGUAUCACGAGGGUGGUCCGCAGGCGAAGAUGGCGCUAGAAGCAGUGAGCUGUCGGUAACCGGAUUACUCUGCUCAUAACAUAAAAUAAAACAGUCCGAGCAUUCAGCGAUGGCCCUGCUCUACGGCCUGCUGUGGCGGCUCUUGCUCUUCCUGGUUCAUAUGAACAGGGCUUUCGUUUGCUGGCUCCGCGCUCGCACUCGGUGCUUUAAAGGCCGCCUGUGGGAACGGGCACUGGCCUCUCUGCUCCUGCCGGUGGCUUUCACGGAGUUCCCGGAGGAACAGAAUAAGAUGCAUCGCAACUCGGAGGCCAAGGCACUGACAGCGGACAGUCCCUCUGAGCGCCAGGCUCUGUUCCUCCAUGACGGGAAGAGUCUGGAGAAACUCCCGGUGCACAUCGGACUUCUGCUGGUGGACGAGGAGCCCAGCUACACGGAUGUAGCCAACCUGGUUGUGUGGUGCAUGGCCAUGGGUAUAUCAUAUGUCAGCGUGUACGACGACAAUGGUCUUCUCCAGAAAAACAACUCUGUCCUCAUGCAUGAAAUAACCCAACUGCAGAGAAACCUGUUGGGAAUAGAGGGGUCAAAAGUAGAGUUCCUGAGAAAUCGCUCUGAAAAACAUGUGGUAUCAUGUAGGCCUGUAGUCAGUGUGCUGUCUCCUGAAGAUGGGAAACAGAGUAUCGUGCAGGCAGCCCAACAUCUUUGUCGCUCUGUGGAAAACAAAGAGAGGAGCCCCAAAGACAUCAGUGUCUCCAUGCUGGACUCUUUGCUCAGAGAGUUCAAGAAUAUUCCAGACCCCGAUCUGGUGUUGAAGCUGGGUCCUGUCGACAGUACACUGGGGUUCCUUCCUUGGCACAUCAGACUCACAGAAUUUAUCUCCCUGUCAACCCAUAGAAAUGUCUCCUAUGAUGAUUUAUUGGGGGCUCUUCACAGAUAUGGAUCAUGUCAGCAGCGACUGGGAAAGUAAUGACCGCACUUAUGGACUAAUUUUGUCAACACAGUGUUUGCAUACACUGACAUCGGAAUGGAGACUGUACUUGCUAAGUGAAACAACCAUCAAACUUUGGGAAACUACCAGACAAAUGUGAAGAAUUGUCAAAUUAAAGUAUGGUCAUGAUUAUAUUAAUGUCCCAUUGUAUGGCUUUAUCAGUUAUCAAAAAUACUUUUUUACUGCAGAGACACCAGAGUUUUAAUCUAUAUAUAACUGUGUAUUUGAUAAUUGUUCCUGUCUAAAAAUUAAAAUAUCCACUGUUGAUCAAAA